AUGCCCGAAUCUAAGUUCGAGCGACAUCCCUUCCUCCUCCCGACGGAGGAGGUUGCGGCUAAGCUUAACACCGAUAUCGACAAGGGUCUCACGUCGGCGCAGGUUCAGAAGCUCCAGGAGGAGUAUCCUCCCAAUGAGCUCGAUGCAGGUGGUGCCAUUCCGUGGUACACUAUUUUCCUGAAGCAGUUGUUUAAUGCGAUGGUUCUGGUUCUUAUAUUUGCCAUGGCUUUGUCAUUUGGUAUCUCUGACUACAUUGAAGGCGCCGUUUUGGCGGCCGUCAUUGUGCUCAAUGUGUCCAUUGGUUUCGUACAGGAGUAUCGCGCCGAGAAGAAGAUGGAUGCGCUACGAGCAUUGUCAUCUCCUAGUGCUACCAUUCUGCGAGACGGCAAAACUCAGGUCAUUCCCAAUGCUGAGGUCGUUCCCGGUGACAUUUGCAUCUUGAAGACUGGAGAUACCGUUCCCGCCGAUCUCCGCCUUUUUGAAGUCAUGAACCUGUCUUGCGACGAGCAGUCGCUUACCGGCGAAUCUAUGCCUGUCGACAAAAUCGUUGAAAACUCCAUUACAGUGCCCGGCUCCGAUAAGUUGGCUGAGAGGGACGAGGAGGUGGGCAUUGGCGAUCGUGUCAACAUCGCAUAUGCGACCACUGUUGUGCGCAAGGGCCGUGGCCGUGGUAUUGUUAUCGAGACUGGAAUGCAGACCGAGGUUGGUAAGAUCGCCGCUUCGACUCGCAAGAAGCCCAAGGCCGGUCGUUCCAUGAACUGGAGGAAGUACGGCAAACGUCAGCCCGUUGUUGGUCUCUUCAAGCGCGUGUACGAUUUCCUCGGCAAGUUCCUCGGUCUCACUGAGGGCACUCCUCUCCAGAGGAAGUUGGCCUCGCUCGCAUACGUUCUUUUCGGCUGCGCAUUGAUUCUGGCUGUGAUCGUGUUUGGAGUCAACCGGUUUCAGAUCAGCCACGAGAUCGUCAUUUACGCCAUCUCAACCGGUAUUGCCAUCAUCCCCGAGUCUCUGGUCGCCGUCCUUACCAUUACAAUGGUACAGGCCACCCGUGUCAUGCGCAAGGCCAAUGUCGUCGUUCGUGAUCUUUCCGCACUCGAAGCCCUUGGUGGCGUCACCAACAUUUGCUCCGACAAGACAGGUACUCUCACUCAAGGCGCCAUGAUUGUCAAGAAGGUUUGGCUACCUGCCAGCAAGAUUUACACUGUCCGCGACUCGAUGGACCCCAGCGACCCUACCGUUGGCAAGGUCACGUACGCCGAGAAGAAGCCUGGACAAGAAGAACCCAAGCGUGAUUACGAUGCCGAACGAAGUGCCGGCGCUCUCAAGUUUGACGUUCCCGACGAGAAGCUCAACCAGGCGGACAACAAGCCCAAGAAAGUCGACGAGGCCCCUGCCGAACUGAACGAUACUCUUCGCAUGUUCCUGCUGGCAGGCGCACUUUGUAACCUCGCCACAGUCCGUUAUGAUAACGAGAAGCAAAAGUGGCAGACUACUGGUGAGCCCACCGAGAUUGCCCUGCAAGUAUUUGCACAUCGCUUCGAGCGCGGCAAGAAGGUUUUGGAGGGCAAGGGUUGGAAACAGGUGUCCGAGUUCCCCUUUGACAGCACCAUCAAGAGGAUGAGUGUCGUGUACGAUGCCCCCGGCGACAAUGACUUUGGUCUUCCCACCGACGACAGCUUCAUCUUCACCAAGGGUGCCGUUGAACGCGUGAUUGAUCUCUGCAGCCACCUCGGCCAGGGCGAUGACCUCGAGGAGAUGAACGACGCCGCCAAGGAAACGAUCCUCGAGCAGAUGAACGACUUUGCCUCUCAGGGUCAGCGUGUUCUCGCUAUUGCGUACCGCAAGUGGGAUGGCAAGUUCAAGCACCAGCAGCAUGCUCCCGGAAAGGCCGGUGCCGAGGAUCCGGAAAAGGCCGACGACAACAUUCGUAGCGAGAUCGAGAGCAACCUCACGCUCCUCGGCUUGGUCGGUAUCUACGACCCUCCGCGCAAGGAGACCACCCCUGCCAUCCGAGAAUGUUCAAGCGCCGGUAUCAAGGUUCACAUGCUUACUGGCGACCACCCCGCAACCGCCGCCGCCAUCGCCAAGGAAGUCGGUAUUCUGCCGUUCAACAUGGGCGUGCUCCCUGCCGAGAUUGCCAACUCUGCCGUUCAGAAGGCUACCGACUUUGACAAGAUGACUGAUGCCGAGAUCGAUGCGCUACCUGAGCUGCCGCUGGUUAUCGCUCGCUGCGCUCCUGACACCAAGACGCGAAUGAUCGAGGCCCUGCGUCGUCGUUCAGCCUUCAUGGCGAUGACAGGUGACGGCGUCAACGAUGCUCCAUCCCUGAGCAACGCCGACGUCGGUAUUGCCAUGGGUUCGGGCUCCGACGUGGCCAAGUCCGCCUCCAAGAUCGUGCUCACCGAUGACAAGUUCAACUCCAUCGUCGCCGCCAUCCGCGAGGGUCGCCGAAUGUUUGAGAACAUUCAAAAGUUCGUCCUCCACCUGCUGACUUCCAACGUCGGCGAGGUCAUCCUGUUGAUUGCAGGCCUUGGCUUCCAGGAUGAAUCCGGCACUUCGGUCUUCCCCAUCUCCCCGCUUCAGAUUCUGUGGAUCAACAUGCUUACUUCCUCAUUCCCGGCCUUUGGUCUCGGGCGUGAAAAGGCAAACGCUGAGAUUAUGCGCAAGCCCCCGCACUCUACCAAGCGCGGUGUCUUCACCAACCAGAUCCUUGUCGACAUGUUGGUUUACGGUUUCAUCAUGGGAGUCUGCACGCUGAUGACAUUCGUAAUCAUCGUCUAUGGCGUCGGAGGAGGCCAGCUUGGAACGGACUGCAACACGGCCUACUCCGAGCAGUGCAACGUCGUCUUCCAGGCCCGUGCCGCCGUCUUUGCCGAGCUGACGUGGCUCAUUCUCAUCUCUGCCUGGGAGUUCAAGUCGCUCCGCCGCUCCAUGUUCCGCCUUAACCCCGACUCGACCAGCAAGUUCCCCUUCUUUGCGGACGUGUACGAGAACAGGUUCCUGUUCUGGUCCGUCGUCAUUGCCUUCUUCUCCGUGUUCCUGGCCGUGUACAUCCCGGGCCUGAACACCAACGUGUUCAAGCACCGCGGCAUCACCUGGGAGUGGGGCUUGGUGUUUGGCGGCCUGAUUGUGUUUGUCGUCGGCGUCGAGGCUUGGAAGUUCAUCAAGCGCAAGUUCAACCUCCUUAACGAGCACGCCGUGGUCCGCGGACCAUUCUCGCAGGGUAGCGAGGACCCCGAGGGCAGGUCCUUUGUCAAGACAAUGAGUUUCUCCAGCUUCAAGAGCUCACUGAGGAGCAGGAGCCGAACGAGAACGAUGGAGAAGCAGAGAGAUUAG